CACACAGUGCGAACGGCCAAACAGACUCAACAACUUUUUUUCUCUUAUUCUUCUUCAUGUCUGAUCGCCACAAUAGGAGAACCUACGGAUAUGUAGGUUAAACGUCGGCAACAGAGACUGGUGAAAACCACCUCUUCAAACGCCAACAGGUCUGUACGGGCACAGCGUUUUUAAUGUUUGUAUGUUUCUCCCCCCUCUGAAGUUACACCGAGUUUUCGUUUAAACGCUUCCACAGUCGAACCAGACGGAAAGUUAAAGUCGUCAGCAAAAAAAAGUUUCACUGAGUCAUAUGCGACACAUCGCCGUGGAUUAACUGUGCCAGCAAUGUUGGGUUGACUCAGGGGAGUAUCGGAAGGUUGUUUUUUUUCCCUUUUCUCCCCCAAGCGUGUCCCGGGAAGCCGGGGCUGGACCGGACCGCUGCCGCCCUGCGCUGUCAGGUGAUGGGCGCGGCGUUUGGGUGGGAGAGCUUUGUUCCGUCCUCGCCUCACCUAUGCGUUGUGCGCCGUUCGCGGUAACAUGAGAGCUGAGCUGCGCGUCCCCGAGACACCGUCUCGUUGAGAGGAGCUCUUCCAGCGAGGGGCAGAAAAACAAGAUAAAACCCCGUUGCAACCUCCUCAGACACCGAGAUCAGAGAUCGCGAUGCAUAAUGGCACCAAAUAGAAAGUUGUGUUUUGGUUCGAGUUUGACCCGAUAGACGUGCUACCAGAGGGGAGGAGGUAGGGGGGGGGGCAAAACUGGGUCAGUCUGGACAAGGUAUUUUUUUUUCUGUUUUGACGGGUAAGUUUUGAGGUCAUGGCAUUGUCGCAGAUUCAGUGUCUAGACGAGCAUCACGUCAACUGGCGUGUGAGCGAAAGCAAGCCGGAGUUCUUCUACAGCGAGAACCAGCGGCUGGCGCUGGAGGCGCUCAUCUGUAAAGGCCGCGACGGCUUCGCGGAGUACAUCCGCGAGAACGGCGUCCGGUCGUUCUUGUCGGAAGCGGAGCUGGAGCGGGUCGCGCACACUGCGGAAGUCUACCGGCCCGGGCACGACCUGAAGCCGGAGACAGCCGGAGCCGGGAACGUGACUCCGGGGUCCGGUGAGGACGGCGGGGACGCUGCCGUGUCGCUUCAAUACUGGCCGGACCGGUCCGAGGCCUCGGUGGCAGAGCUGGAUCUGGGCUGGCCCGAAGCCAUCUCUUACCGAGGGGUCACUCGUGUCACCGUGCACACCCAACCGCCGGCCGACGGUCACACGCACAUCAAGGAGGUGGUGCGCAAGAGCAUCGCGUCAGCCCAGAAGGUGAUAGCAGUGGUGAUGGAUGUAUUUACAGACGUGGAUAUCUUUCGAGACCUUCUGGAUGCAGCCUACAAACGCAAAGUUCCUGUUUACAUCAUCAUCGAUAUGGCAGCUGUCCCCUGCUUCCUGUCUAUGUGUGGCAGGGCUGAUAUGCACCGUGGACACCUAAAGAACCUGCGUGUACGCUGCUGUGGAGGUGUGGAGUUCUACACCCGGUCAGCUCAGAAGGUACGUGGUUCACUGAGCCAGAGGUUUCUCCUGGUGGAUGGAGACAGAGCCAUUUCUGGAUCAUACAGUUUCACCUGGUCGUCAUCUCGUCUGGACCGUCACCUCAUCACCGUGGUAACGGGUCAAGCUGUGGAGACCUUUGACCUGCAGUUCCGUGACCUUUACCUGACCUCUAGGGGGGUGUCCCUCACCAAAGUUUCUAUGGCAGAUGAACCAACGCCUGAACCCCUCCCUCAAGCUGCUCCUGCUCCAGUACCAGCUUCUGUUGCCAGGAAGCUCAUUAACCCCAAGUAUGCCCUGGUUGCCUCAGGAAACCAUGCGAGUCUUGCUUCUUCUGACCAAAAUUCCAGCAACAAGAACUCAGCCUCCCAGAAUCCCACUGGGCUGAAACUGGUCAAAGGGCGUGUUAAAGUGCCUGUGGAGGCCCAAGCACUACAUCCCGGAUUAGCCAAUUUGGAGAGAGCAUACUUGAUCCCUUACUUGCCUACAUGGCCUGAGCCAGACCCACCCAGUGAUGUGAUUGGCUUCAUCAACAUCAGAGAUGACAAGCGGUCGAAUCAGGUUCACUUACAGAGGUCAGAGAGGUUUGAGGUCAGCCAGGCUAUACGCUUCAGCUCACCCUUCACGGCACCCACCCCAAAUGACAAAAACACUUCAGGUCAGAACCCGAGAACUGCUGACACAGAUCCCACUGUUCCACUCACAGAGCCGACCAACCAGAACCUCACUGGCCAUAAGACGGAGCACACAGACGAGAGAGAUUCCAGUGGACCUCCUCAGCAACCCAACAAAUCUCACAGCCCACAGCACACACAUAAAUCCAAUCAGCACAACAAUAGUUUACAACCCAAAGAGACUGAACAAGCUCAAGAGAAAAAUACACCUGCCAAUCUUCCUGCCCCUCCCAUCCCCAAACCCCGUACCCUGCGUUUGAUCAUAGACUCUACACCCUCAGAGAAACCUGACCAACCACAGGUCCGCUUGAUUAAAAGGAACCAGUCAUCUACCUCGAUUGGUUCCUCAAGGAAAGCGCAGUCACACAAGGAUGAGGAACGUGGUCAUGAUGACACAGAGUCAAAGGAGGAGGGAAGAGACAGUGGUAGUAAUGACGAUGGUAGUCAAGACAGUACCAAGGUUAUAUGUGACCAAACAGCCAAUGACAACCCUUCCAGCGUUUCCACAGCAUCAGAGGAGGAGUUCUAUGAUUGCAACCAAUCAGAGCAUAGAGAUGAAACCACCAAUGGAGUUAAGACUGGGUCAGGCCGAGGCCACCGCCAGGGAGACGGCGUAAACAUGAUGGCUCGUCUGUCCCAGAGCAUGCUAGACCUGCGGGUUCCCAACCAAUCAGAGGACAGUACAACCCUUAUCCGCCAAUCACAGCAGCUGCGCAGACAGGCAUACCAAUCUCCACAUAGACACAUUGGACAGCUUUUCCAAGGCUCUAAAUCUCCAGGGCGUGAGGGGCAGCUGAGGGGAGUCAAAGUGGUCCUUGCCAAACCAGGAAGUUUUCACCGCCCCACUCGAGCAUCUGGCCCCGUGAUAGGAGGGCACCGUUACUGGCACGGUCAAACACUGCAAGUGGACACUGGCCAUAUGCGCCAGGAGACGCGUGCUGGUCGGUCGCCGCGACGGCACAGCCCGGCCUACAGGAAGACUGGCCAAGCCCUGCCACAGCCACCCGCCAAUCCAUCAGGGCUUCUAGGGGUGUCUUUCUCAAAACUAACCCAUCUCAGACACCUGAAGGGACGUGGAGGAGGGUUGCAGAAGAAAGCCUCUCACAUUAACAAAGAAGUUAGUUAGAACUGGGUGCCUUUUAGGCCAGUGAGAGUGCGCAAGAUUCAAAGUUCACAAACUUAAAGGAAUUCAAGAAUAACUUUAAAAGCGUGGAAUUAAGCCUAUCUCUGGGGAGCUUGCUCGUUUCCAUUUUUCAAACUGUGAGGCAUCACAUACAAGAACUAAUGAAGAGAAUGUUUUUCAGCAAAACAAACCCAGAGGGUGUUUUUAAGGGAGGGAAGGCACAUAUUUCACAUCUGAUAUGAAUUUUUUUAGAGCAAAUAUCAGUGCGCUGCCAAGCUAAUAUCUCGUUUGACUAAAAAUGUCAUGAUUGUAAUGGUAAAAAUCCCAUUGAGACUGGAUUAGUCACAGCACAGGUUUAGUACAUGUCACCAGGGACAUAUGUGGGAGCUGGUAGGUUUAUAGCUCCCAGAUUAUUUCCUGUAAUUAAACAAAAUCAUUCUUUAACAGCAAUUUCCUAGUUACUGGCUGUCUUACUCUAACUGGUUUCAGGAGUGUGACCAAUGGGAUUAAUUGCUUUUUUUGCAGGGAUGGUGCUAACAUAUUUGCUCAGGCAAAAUUUGAUGGAUGUCCUUGACAAAUGUGAGAACUGUAAUAAACAAACAAAUAUAAACAAUGUAAAACACUGAUAUGGGACCAAAAGUGUGCACUGUAAAUAAACACAGA